GUUUUUUCUUACUUAUAGCUGACCUGCAUGAUUCUAGCCUUGAUGCGCGAAACGGAAUUGACUCAUCACAAAGAGGAAAGAGAGGCGCCCUCCCUUAUGCUCGAGCAGCACUUGAGCGGCGUUGUCGUGAGUCGACUCACAGAUGCGCUCAAUCCCAUUCUUUCUCGACCUCUACAUGACACCAACUGCACAUUCAACGUAAGAAAGAUGGAAAGAUCUGCAAGACGACGAACGUGUUGUGUUUCAGAAUGGGCAGCUGGAGGUGAAGAACCUUUCUCUGCGGCCGUCUCUGCUGGAGGAAGAUUACAGCCUCCCGUUCAGGAUCAGACAAAGUAAGGCUCGCAAUGUGACAGCUGCCAGCGCUUCCUUUCGUGUGCACGCAUUUGCUCCAGGUCAUGUGGGGCAGCUGCGGCUCAAGAUCCCGUGGAAUCUGUUUUCACCCAUCGAGCUGGAAGUGCAAGAUGUGUUGGCUAUCAUCGGUAUCCCAAACACCAACACACCAUGAACAUCGCGGCUUACUGGAGAGCCUUGUUCGUUUCCUUCAGAGUGUGUGCCUGAGGAUCAGUGGGAUUCAUCUACCGCCUCGUCGCGCGAGCAAGCAAGGCGCGACAAGCACCUCAAGAAACUUAUCGACAGGAGAAGGGGAAAGGGCGGCGGCGACUCGACGGCUGCUGGAGUAGGUGGGGGGAUACUCGGUGCGUUCGUGAAGCAUCAGCUCGGAUCCUGGCUGUUCAAUCGCAUACACAUCACUGUCACGUUAGACCACACCCAAAUAGAAGGGAAAACAAGAAAAAAGACGCUCGCAUCGCGUCUUGUUCUUGUGUGGGGGAUCAGGAAUGUUCACAUUCGCUACGAAGAUGCCCAUUCAGGUGUGUUUGCUUUCGCUGCUGGCGUUGUGCUGCCGGAGCUCACGCUGCACAGGCUCUCGCUCUCUGAGUCACUGAGUCGUCCGCCAAAUACGACGGACGCCACCCCAGACAAGCAAAAGGUGUGGAAGAGCACAUCAGGCAAUCUGCGAAGUACCCUCUGGACCGGCGGGCGUUGGGCUUCCUGCGUUGGGUGUGUGUCAGUCGCUUCGUGUUGUGACGGCCGUCUACUGGACGUCAUGCGAGCGGAUGUUCCUCGCAGACCAUCCUCAAUGGGAACAAGGUAUAUUAUUACGCCUUAUAGUCAAUGCAUGUAUCUCUUUCUGCCCUGCAGAGUUGCAUCAGAGCACCCGCCACGUCCAACAUGCAGCGUCAUCCCUCUCGUCGAGCAGACCCCACGUGUCAGAUCUCUCCAGCCCAGUGCCCCCUCCGCCUUUCCCCUCUACCCAUCACCCCCCUCCCAGGACACUCUAUCCGCCCAGCUUUUCAUCGGGCCGCGAGGGGCAGCGCUACUUGACGGGACCGCCAAUAGCUCACCGCGAUGGUCAGCGCAGGGUAUAUGGUGGGUUGCGGCUUCCCUGGCAUGGGAAGGCAGCUCGCGAGAAUGUCUAUGGAUAUCAGUAUGGCGGGGAGGGACACUUGCGGAUGGCUUACGUCUUGCCGCCAAGUAAGUCACCGAGUUUUUUCCUGUUCAGUCCGUGACAAUGCCCGUUUCAGCUUCGCUGUCGAUGGAGUUUGCAAGCCCCUGCCCAAAGACAGGUGAAGAAAAGACAGAACUGCACUUGCACUUGAUCCUUGCCUCUCUAUUAUCUUUCGUCUACAUCCUUUAGGCGCCAUGUUGUCCAUCGUCGGCCACAUCCCACCAGUCAGCGUCACGGUAGACCAGCUUAUACUGCAGGACAUUCACAGCCUGCAGGACCACACGAACGCAUGGCAAGCCUUCCAACGACACUGGUAUGCCUGCAGGCGCGGUCGCAUGAACUCAUGAUACGGAUGUCUUGUCUUUGUCCUCGUGAAUAUGCAGUUUUGAGUCUCCGUGGCGCUUCGGUGUUCUCCGGCCGUCUGUGCCUGCACACACGGACCCGAGAGCCUGGUGGCGGUAUGCAUUCAGGUGUCUGCGGCUGUGCCGCUGGGAGGCCAACCCGAUGGCCUACUGGUACACUCCGCCAAUUGUGACACUCCUCAAGUGGCACAGGACCUAUCUCAUGCUCCUCAGAAGGAAAAUCUAUCAGGGCAGCAGCAUGAGCGAGGUGGGCGGGAACAGAUCGACAGGUGAUUACUUCUUCGCUCUCUUGCUGCCAGGCUGACGAAUACAGGUUGACUUGCUGGGAGUCGUCGCUGUGUGUUCCCUUCAAGCUGUUGGACAUAUGGAGGUAAGCAUGUGUAAGCAUGACACUUGUGGGUGUUGAAUGUGUUACCGUAUGCCAGGCGUCAGGUAUUGGGCGACCCCUCAGUACCCCCAGAGGUAGCAAAGACAGCAACCAGAAGUCUCCACACCAUAUAUAAUAUUGUACAUUGCUCGGCGUCCUCUUCUUCACGUUCAGGACCUUGCACUGCUUGAAGGGAAGCGUCCAUUUUCGUCGUCCACGCCUUUUGCGCCCGCGCAUCCCUCGCAGGAUCAGCACGAGCCAUUCGACCACGACCUAACAUCGGAGCUGAUCGAAGGGGUGCAUUUUACCAGCACCAGGGUGUCAAGGCACAGCCAUAAGAUGCAGCAGGGAAGGGAGAAUCGAGCGCUGGAGAAGGGCUGGGGAGUUAAGAAAGAGGACGUGAAGAAUUUCCUCAGGCAAGGGCAUCACCGUGAUGUAGCACAGGGCAUGCCGCUUGGACGAAUCGCCGGGCAUUCCGUCUGCAGUGGGCUAUUUGGGUCGCAAGCUGCUGCCUUGGGAGAGGAAGAGCUCGAAAAGACGACUGCAGAACUACAGGUGAGAAUGACGGUCAACCGAAUGACCAUCGAACGUUCAUCGCCUUGACGACAACUUGGACAGACUGUCGUGGGCAACGCGUCCGGCCAGCCAGCUGUUUUGUCAUCCUUCGAGGCCCUCGAUGUAUGCUUCACCCUCUCGUGCCCGUCGAUACAGAUCGUGCUGGUGGAAGUGGCGUCCCGUGCAGCCUUUGCGACUCCACCCGAAGGGUACUUAGCAUUCCCCUUUGCCAGGGCACACCCGGACUGUCUCACACCAAGUGUACAGCGGCAGCAGACAUCCACGUACGGAAAGAAGCUCUGUCAGGCUAAUUGUGAAAAGCCGUGUAUUGUGCUCGUUUUUCUUGUUCUCAUUAGUUCGUUGCCCCACCGCACGUGGCGCCACCCCGACUCCCGACCUCUGGGACGCCAUGCUUUCGAGAUGCACCUCAAGGCCAUCCAAAUCUCGGGCACAAAGCGAGCCAUCGAAGGGUCAACAGGCGGUUUGAGGGCACAGGGCUCGAUUGGUGACGCCUAUGUGGGUGCUGUGGGUUUGCCGGAUGACUGUCCGACUGAUCAGUUCUCUUUUGUGCCUGUGGUGGGCGCAAAGGGCGAGGAGGGGGGAAGGAGGAUUUGUAUGGUGAAGGACGGCAUGGGUGGAGGCGAUGCAGUGUGUGAAGAUGGUGAGGCACGAAUGGUGUGCACACCGUCAUGUUGACAUCCCCACCUGCCCUCCGCCCACGUUUGCCUGCAGAUUUGUAUCGACACUGGAGCGAUGCUCUUCUCUGGGCUUCCCUUCCCCUCACAAACAAGCGGCUCACCGAGGUGCCUCUCCCUGCCGAUCCCCACACAGGGAGAAGGAAGGACAGCGGUGUGAGUUGCUUCGUGUCUGUUGAUGUGGACGAGAGCGUCUUGGUCAAAGUCAGGGGACCUGUUGUACAGAUGGCAAGGUGAACUGACUAUUGAUGGGAGUCUCAAUAGGACAACUGUUGUCCGUUCUGUGUCCUUAGAUCUUCUGUCAUGGCUCUUAAGUUCUUUGCCGAUCAUGCAUCGCUCCCCUCCGAGGCCCUCAUGAUGGACAAGAGCUACCGUCAAGUCAUUCCGGCUCUCCCAGUCACCUCUCCAUCGCGGCCGCAGGCCUCAUCUCGUGUGGUGCACCAGGAUGUCCGGCUGGAGGUGCAUCAUGGAUGUGCCGUCUUGCAGGGCAGUGGAGAUGUCGUGCCAAGAGGCGGCAGUGAAAGAGCUGGUGUGAGUGUGAUGGACGUACCUGCGGCUGUCGUCGAAGCGGAUGUCAUCAUCGUCACAGUAGAAAGGGAUGCCACCAGCCUUCGAGGUGCGGUGGAACAAAUGCGAUACACAGACCGGUACCUAUCUUGCUGUGCUUAUCGUACGACGCGUUUCAGGCAAGAUUGGUUCACAAAGCCCCGGCAGUGUGGCGCGUCACAUCCACACGCUCGUCCGCUUGGCGGCUAUCGAAAUGGGCAUCUACACGUGGCACGCCCUCGCCGACUGGUAUAACUUCGGGCGUCCCUGGAGCAAGAACGAAAGCACGGCCCACACAUUCUCCAAGUACCGACAGCGUGUCGACCAUGUGUUGGCCAUGCCAACAACAAGCGGCAAGAGCACCCCGCCCCCCAGCGACUCAUCUCUGCCCGAGUCGCCACCUCUUUCCGCUGUUGCCGCACUCUCGCUAUCGCCAGGCAGCUCUCCCUCGCUCCCCCCUUCAUCUAUCCCGCCAUCAGAGGGCGACAGUCCGGUCUUGUUCUUCCCCCUCUUCCGCGGCUCUGCGGAGAUUACGAUGGCGCUUCUGGCCGAGAAGGAUCCGUACGCCCACCUGACACUUAUCGAUCAGAGCGUUCGGGUUGCUGUCAGGGGCGGCCAGCUGGCGAUCGGUGACGUGCCUCUGGGACUUGUGGGCAGCAUACUGGAUGGCUUCGAUGUCAUUCUGCCAUCAAGAGGGCCACUGAUGAAGUCCGGCUGGCUCGCCGUGGACAGUGGCGAUGACACAAGACGGCAAGACGACAGACAAGGGGGCAUGAUGGCAGGCUUGAGGCUGCCCGCUUUGUCACUCCGGCAUACUUCCUCCCCUGCCACGCGUGAGCUGUAUUGGGCAGAGGUGUGUGCAUUGUCACGCGGUGGGAACCAGAAGGGCGCUCCGUGCAUCUACCUCUAUGCCUUUCCGUCGUCUUCUCUUCCCGCGAGGGUCCUGCAACCCACGUCGGUCAGCAUUGUGGGGCCCGCUGCUCGUGUUGAUCCAGAGGGACCGCCGCGCGAGCUGCGGUUCGAAUGUCUUGAGCAGGAUGGACAGGUGACAAGACACAGGAAUGAGACGACCCUCAGACAUGUGUCGAUGUGCUUGUGAUGUGCAGCGCGACAGGUUCCGCACUGUCGAGCCAGUUGGUGCAUCAUCGUGGGUCCGCACUUGGCAGCUGGCGCCCCCGUGUCUGUUGCCGACUGUGCUGCGCCGCCAAGAUGCCCCUCACUGGCACAGGAGCAUCCACGCCAGGGUGUUGUGUGACAAGCUGAUACUGCAGCUCGUCAAGGACCUCCAGCCGUCCAUCGAAAUCAGGUACAAAGGACUAGAAAUGAGCUGUUCCAGACUCGGAGCAUGAUCGGUCUCGAUUUGCGUGCAUGUAUUGCAGGUUGUUUGGGUUGGGGCUGGAUCUGGCCUCGAGUGCUACUCAGGGAACGAGCGUCCGUGCACUCAUGCGGGAUUUCCUCAUCGAGGAUGUCGGCUUCCCCCAACACGACAGGCGGCGGUUCAUGGGCGGCAGGCGGUCGUUCCACGACGGCAAAAAGGGCCAGCUUCCUCUUCUCGCCCCGUCCCUCCUGCCUUUUGCACUGCCGUCGAGCCCCUCACCUGUCCCGUCGCAUUCGCGAGGGAAGGGAGUAAGAGUGGGCGGCUUCGUCCUCGACAUGGACAUGAACGUCGACACUAUGCAGGGCGCCGUCACCCUGCAGCCCAUCGCACUAAGUCUGACGCCACUGACGGUGCGCCACGUUUGCGUGUGCGUGACGGCAAUGGCAGAGAGGCCCUUGCAGAGCGCCUUUGUGAGAGACGUGCAGCUGUACCUGCCCCCAAAGCAGAUCGUGCCCCGAGAGCCAUUGCCACACGUGUUGGUGGGGAUGAGGCGGCACUCGAUGGUCACAGUGAGGGUGGAGCGGGUGCACUUUAUCUGCCUACAGACACUGGGGUUCACCCAACAAGGUACAGUAUCCACACAGAGGAGAACCCUUUCAUAGUAGCAACACGCAUCCCCGUCUUCCUUGCUUCUCCUGUCGGCCAGGACUCGAGAUAGCUGGUGUGGAUGUAGGUGACCUGAUGCUUCGCAAGGGGUCCAAAGGGUGGCUGGUGCAGAUCGGCACUCUCCGCGUCAACGGGCCAGAGAUCCUCCCAUUCUUUCUAUCCCACACGUCACCCCACGCCCCAUCCAGUCCACAGACCCCCCCCAGCACAACCAAGAGUCUCAUUUUUGCCGCCCCAUCCCACUUUGCUGUGGACGAGGAGCCGCAAUCUGGCAAGUGGGUGGGCCACUCCUCGCUUGUCAGCUCUUCUGCGGCCCCCAUCGGCAAGCGGAGCACGGCCGUCAGCGGGCCCUGGAUCGAUGUGCGCUGCGGCACCGACACUGCGGCCCUGUCGUCGCUUGCGGAGCUGGUGUCGCGAGAGAGGGAUGGAGAGCUGGGUCAGCAGACUCUAGCUACGAAUAAGGAGGAGGGUGGCAGCGAUGCUAGUUACUACCAUAGUGAGCCGAGGGGUCACGAGCUCUCUGUGCGGGUGGCUCCUUCCAACCUGGUGGUGCAGAUGCGGCUCUUGGCGCCCUUGAUGGACUAUAUCAGCGACAUCAAGAACGGUCUCACCUUCCUGGAACUCCCCGACGCACCUCCCCCGACGGCUCGCGUCCAUGUGCCGCCGCCCCCGUCCCCUUCGCCCCUCCCCACCCCAGGGCGAGGCCAUGCACUCGAUGAGGACAUGGAGAGCAAGAUAGCGGCAGGGGUGCUGCGAUUCGUGGCCGAGCGGGGCAGGAACGAGAAGGGAGACGAGACCACCGAUGGGGAUGAAGAACAAGCAGAUGGAGCGAAGGGCGGGGCCGAGGGCGACAAGGGCAUCCAUGAGUCCCAACCUCGGUCGCAUGAGAGCAGUCACGGUGAUGAGCCAGUGUGGCUCGUGAGCCUAGAUGUGCACCUCCCGGUGGUCCAUGUGCCGUCAGCUGACCAUCCCGUGGUCGCUCGCGGGGAUGACGGCACGAGCGGUGCCCAGCAAGCCACCUUUGCUUAUUGCUAUAAUCCAUAUGGGAGGCGGAUCGUCCUCCGCACCGGUGAGCAAAGGGCAAUUCAAACGAGAUACACAAGUGCCAGGCAGGAUAUGUCUGUGUCUGCAGGUGUGGUCAGUGUGUCCUACUCGAUCAAGGAGUCCCUCACGUUCCCCCCGUUCCCUCUCCCGCCCCCACCUCUUCAUUCGUCCACCGGCCCCAUCCCCGACCCCUCUCCCUUCACGUUGCUUGGGUGCAUCCACCGUGCCACAUGGACGGGGUGCUCUAUCGACCUGGUGCAUCCACUCACCCUCCUGCAAUCAGACACGGCCGAUCAGCCCAAUGUGCAGAAUGUGCGUCAGAACAUCUCAUCUGAGAUUCGGGUCGAGCUGGGGCUGUGGGAAGGAUACGGGAGCGGGAUCGAUGGCUUGGAUCUUGUGCGCUACGCGUCGUGUGACGUCGGUACUGUGAGGUUUUGCGUGUCCCCUCACGUUUUGGGAGUGCUGAGGAGCGCCCUGCGAGGUGCAUCUCGGCUGCCUCUGCUGCCCCCACACAUGCCGCUGCAGCCGAGGACGGCCGCUAUGAAGGUAAGCAAAAAAGCAUGGGUUGUUCCUGUAGAGCACCUCUGACCUGCUGUUCGGUGUUUGAUCAGUCGGGAGCUGUGCGUGGGCCCUCCCCGUCCACGGCUCGGUCCUCUGCGUCUCUAGUGCGCUGGUCGCUAAUCAGGGGGGCGGCUGGGCAAGCAGGGAAGAGGCUACCAGGGCCUCGCUUUCUUGCGCAUGUCACGCUUGAAGGCAUAAAGGCACAGGUAAGUAAAGAACGAAAGCAGACCACGACAGGGGCAUAGCUUUCAUAGAGAAAAGUCUCUGAAAUCCCUGUUGCAGGUGUGUGACAGUGGGCGGUCUGGCGUGCUCGAGGGCCAGUUGACCGAUGUCGAUAUUUUGGUUGUCACUCCCCAGCCAUCACUGUGGUCAGAAGAUCCUGUCGAUAACGGCUCAGGCCGGGUGCCGCUCCUUCCUCUGCUAUCCAACACCGAGUAGGGUGGCUCGAUGGUACCGAUCCAUCCAGAUGUAUGGGUGACUACUGCAUGUGCAGGUCUACUUACUGCCGUGCUUCUGUUGGUCAUUUUGGUGUGGACGAGGCGGUCAUUGGAGUAUCUCAAAGCCAAUCGCAGCUGCCGGUCCUUCGGUUUAAAUCCGACGGCAAUCAAGAAAAUGGGCAUGUUCUCACGAUCGAAGCAGGUACGCAGAGCGCAACUGCAAGAGUCAUUCCACUCACCGUUGCUGUUUGUGCUCUGCAGGUCUUCGGCACGACGCCCCGAUUCGCUGUAUCGCAUGGGACGCUUCCCGCCAGGAUAGACUCGAAAUGUCUGACGAGUCCACCGUCACUCGUGUCACGGCCGUCAAUGUUGGGGCACCUGACAUCCACAUUCGCCCCACUAUGCUGCAGUCGGUGCUCAGGGUGCAGCGUGAGGCUGCCAGCAUGAUGCAAGACCAACCAGAUGCGACAGGACAGAGCGGUGACCGGCAUGCGUCCCUCGUCGAUGAAAUCAGCAAGGGCAUGUAUUAUGCAGGGCAGCAGAUCGGCCCGCGGGCGCAAUGGUUGGCGCAAAGGUAUCGGCAGUACUUCGAUGUCAUCAAGAACCAACCCACUCAGCACGAGCCGCGAAGCAGCCCCCCAUCUCCCUCCAACAGCCGGCACAAAGCAGCACCACCCCUUCCCACACCUUUCCAGGAUGACGACCUGUUGUCCUUGAUUGGCGUUUCCGCUGGUGCCGUGUUGAUGUGUCUCAUUGUGGACCGACUUGAGGUCUGUUGUCCUUCAGUGGGCCUGACGUGCCACUUGAUCAACGGAGCGACCAUGACGGCGACGGUAGAAGGGCUAAACAUGGAGUCAUCCGGCCAGACGGUGAUCGUGCAACGAAGCCCUCAGGGUACCAGCGCGAAAGAAAAGGUACGGAAAGGGAAGCAUGUAUCUGAUUUUGUUUGGAUUCAAUAUUGGCCUCCCUUUGUCAGGCUGACAUCGAGGUCUGCAGUGCCAUGAGUGCCUCCCUGUCAUCCAUUCACAUCCAUCGGGCUACCCCCGAGACGUCCGACUGUCCGUUUCCCCUCCUGAGGCCCUUUCCAGCCUCCAUCCACCUGAGUGUCUCACUCCCACUCCCUCGGCCCUUCCCCCUGCCCACCCACGCUGGAGCAGCCCCCCCUCCACUCCUCCCCCCAUCCGCCCCCGAACCCGCUGCACAGUGGGACGGGUCUAUGCCCACCGAAACGCAACAGGGUCGCCAGAAGUGGGACGCCGGAGAUGUCUGUGAAGGUCAUCUGCGGCCCAUGAUCAAGGGUGAUGUGAGAGCUGGGCCAGUGGUGCUGAGGGUGGGCUAUCGUGAUGCAAAGCGGCUGGCGGAUAUGCUGGAGGCCAUCAAAAACGCGGGCGACACUGGCCAGGAUGACUUUGGGACGGGAGAGCAAGACGGAAAGAGGCACCUCUUUUGCUACGGCACACAUGACGAUGGCAUACGUCAAGAGGAGAUGGGCAGGUGGGAGCACGUGUGGCCGCUACGUGACAUCUCCACAACAGGCGACCGUCGCCAAGGUAGCAGCACUGGGACGUCCCCCACACUGAUGCCCCGCCACUCGGUCGAAGCGUCCGCCUAUCGCCAAGCCAUGAGCCACUCGCCGUUCUUCCACCCGCUGUGGAAGUACCGCAAUAGCGUGCGACUUGACGACACCAUGGAGGCGUACUGGACUCAGCAAGUCAGCAAGGCCGCCAGCAUGCAAGACACGAGGAAGGCGGCUCUCGAGAGAGCCAGGAAGCGGGAGUGCGUUGCCCCGCUACCCCCUCUGUCGCUUGCAUCCCUGGCGUCCGUCGUGAAGCACAGCUGCACGUUUGCUGCUCUCGCAUCAACCGCUAUUCGGCACCCUUCGGACUUGAGAGUGGAGUUCCCAUCGGUGGACGUGGGCAUGCAUUUCGGUGAGGUUGAUGUGGUGCUUUGGAAUGACAUCAAGCCGCUCGUCAGGCCCAAGCCACUGCUGAAACUCGUGAUGGGUAAGGAGUCAAGGUACUGGGGGCCUCCGUUCCUAUCGACCGUCGUGCCGCCUGCUUUGUGAGGUGUAGGUCCUUCAUCUGUAACCAUCGCAUCUCAGUUGACGUCCCAUCCCCCAGAGGCCGCUGUGACUAUCGAAACGGCCACCAAUGUUUCUGCCAGGUGAGUAAUCGAACAGUGCCCGAGGAGUAAGGAAAAACCCACCAACUGCGUCGUGCCUGUUGGUGUUGAUUUCAGUAUUUGCGCGAGUCCGCUGCGUGUGUGGGAGCCCCUCGCCGAGCCGGUCGCAGUUGGACUGUCUGCUCAGCACAAGAUGGGACUGCCAGCGUCCCAGGGGGACAGCGGUGGUGCGUCUGCACAGACUGAUGUGCGGGUCGAUGUCAAGGGGCCAGUGCUGGUAAGUGACAAUGCGGACAGGGCAUGCACUCAGGAGUGAGUGUCGUGUACCUGUGUUCGUGCAGCUUUGCGUAAGUACCGCACAGUUGAUGGCCCUCAGAUCCAUCGUCGCCGAUCUGUCGCAAGACUGGCGAAGCAAGACACUGCCAAGCCCUCACUCGCCGCCCUCGUCUCUGUCCAGCACGGACGGUCGCAUCAUCCUGGCGUCCCAGGCGGCCAAAUGGGGAAAUCGUGGAACAAGGGUGGUGACACAGUGGGAGCCCAGGUGGAUCGCUAAUGUUCUGCAGCAACAACACCUCCAGCUGGCCGCCUUCAUGUCAGCCGUGAAGCAGGAGACGGGAGCGAAGAGAGGAGCCAGACUGUGGAAGGUCGUGAGGAGGCGGCUGCCCGAGAUCAUCGGCAAGGGGCACCGGGACGCGAUGAUGCGAUUCCGCGGUGUUGGACAGAUAACGCAGGCCAUCCUGCGUGACUAUCCUGUCAUCAUCCUCAAUCGUACGGGCCUGCCCGUCCGCAUCCGGCUCAUCUGGCGCCCAGGACAGCGCACUUGGGUUGAGGGGCACUUCGACGACGAGCCGGGUGACUCGAUAUACGAGCUGCCCCGACUGGAUGGGCAAGAGGGGCGCGAGAGGCAGAGGGGCUCCUACCAUAUCGCUGCCGGGACGGACUGCGGCAUUCCUCCGUCUGUUUAUGAUGACGAUACGCUGGUGGACGUUCACUUCAAGCACCCUCACUCAUCAGUUGCUGAUGAGACGUAUCUCGCCUCGAUCAGAGGGGUCGACCUCGCCCCUCUCCUCUUGCCCUCCCCACGAGCGACCAUCCUUCCUACCUCACCCCCCUCGACUGUUAUGCUCACUGUCAACCUAUCGGAGACCGGCAGGCGAAUCGUGCGCCUUGCCUCGCCCCUCCAAGUGGUCAAUGUCACUCCAUUACCGCUCACAGUGAGGGCUCUCAAGCCGACGAGUCACGUCGGGGCGAGCGAGGUGGCGUUUGAGUUCCCAUUGGUGCCCGAGGGGGGCGGAGGAGGGGUCUUGCCUGCAUACGAGACGUCAGUCACCUCCAUCCAGCUGAGAGCGGGUGCGUUGUGGAGCGCCGCCUUCGGACUCACUGCCGUGGCGGAACUCAUCAGGGCCAGCAGUAUGCCGGGGGCAGCUGCCCACGACCAGGGCUACCAAGAAGCAGACAAGACAUAUCGGGGGUUCGUGGUGAUCACUGAUGACAACGGGACGGCACACACGGUUCUGGUGACGGCUGCUGUCGAGAGUGCCAUGGUGCGACUUGCAAGCGGGUCUGUUCAUCCCCCUUCAUUCGCCCCCGUGCCUCUCUUCCGCACGGUGCUCUCGCUGAAGCCCCCAGUGCGCGUCAACAACUCGCUGCCCGUCCCUGUGCGCUUCCGUCUCGGCGGCUCUCCGUCCGACACCUACAUGUCAUCAGCAGCGUUCCUCCGGCCCUUCCACAGUGUUCCCGUGUUCUCGCACAGCACUGGUCGGGACAUCUGCGUGUCGGUGGCUGUCUAUGAUCUGCCCUGGAGUGAGCCAAGGUGUGUGUGGACCGGCACACAUGACACGCCUUUCAAUGCAUUGAGGGAAGUGGAUUCGUCGCCGCAUGUCCAGGAGGAUGAAAUCCCGCUGCAGGGCACCUGCGGGCGUCUGUGCAGUGUCGCCAUAGAGACGACCAGCGGCCAGAUCGAAGCGGCGGAGGACGUCACCCUGACCAUCCGAGCGCCGUUCUGGCUUGUGAGCCGACUUUACGAGCCCCUGGCGUUUGCAGUGCCCUCAUCCUCUCCACCCACGUCAGCUUGUGACGGCGGGCGGGGGAAAGCGUCUCGUGGGCUGCUUGAUGCGAGUGCCCUGACGGCUAGUCAGGGGAGCAGGGCGGGUACAGCCACGUUUGAUCUCGAGCUGGACAGCACGAGAGACUGGCCUCAUAUAGUGGAUACGCCCGGGUAAGAGGAGCAACCGAAGCAGGAACUAAGUCGCGGAAUCAUUGUCUGCUUGUCUGAUGUAGGCUGCGAUGGCUUGGCGGGAGGGCGCCAUUUCUCACCCACAGCCCCAAGCUAUCAGUGGCGGUGUGGGACGUGCCCCUUCACAUGUGGUGCCCCCCACCCACCUACGCACAUCUCAACCUGGCGGACCUCCAGACCAACAUGACCACAGCCAAUGCCACAUUCAAAUCUGGAUCGUCUUCGCGGCGAAUGGUGCCCAUUCGCGUGGGCCGCUUCGACGUCAUCGCUUCCACGCGUAGAGUGGAUCUUGGGGUCGGUGGGCAGCAGCGGUCUGCUUCGUCCACGUUGGUGGAGUUUCGCCCUCGAUUCCUGCUCUACAACUACACCGGAUGGGAGCUGGAGGUCAAGCAGGAUCUCGCUUACAUCCCUCCGCCGCUCACGACCACCCACCUACGACCAGGGGAGUGUCAGCCUUUUCACUUCAUCAAUGCGGACGUGGACUACGCGCUGGCCAUCCGGGUGGCAUCCAUCCCCCCGUUCCUCCGCAAUCGUGCAUGUACCGGAGCGUGCAGAAGGGCCGCUAGCCAGUCCACCACCGAGCAAGGGCACGAGCCAUUCAUGGGCCUGCGGAAUGCCGCCGGCAGUGAAGCGGAAAAAGGACCUGUCAAGAAGGACCGCAAAGUGGGUCGAUGGUUCACGCGCAGGCAAGGAGAAGAGGGGUCGACCAAGGCAGCAUCGGGUGCCGCGUCGCCAGCCGUCCGCGCCUCGGCUGGCCCGCCACCGAUGCUCAACAAGGACGUGCUCGGCUUCCUCUGCUGUGUGGAGAGACGGGCAGGCGAUGGUAGAGAGGGUGAUGGAGCACAGCGCCAUGGGGGCACGGGUGACUGUCGGUGUGUCUACGAGUGCGUGUGGACCGAGGGACUGUCCAUACUCACACCAACGGAGCGCACCAUGCCUCUGUGGGGGCCGAGACCGCCACCAAAGACGGAUGCGAGGCAGCGAUCAGGCGGUCAGCCAGCUGAUGAGGCAGCCACGGCGUCCCCCUUCGCAUGGCUUGACGCCAUGCUCAGCCAUCUGUACAGUUGUACCGCUGCUCGUGUCCGGGGGGGGGCGCAGGAGGGUGAAGGGCAAGCGGGAAAUCACAGUGGAAUCCCGGCUCUCCUGAGCGCAGUGCGGGCGGAGAUCGUGACGAGCGGCUCAGAUGGCGUGUCACAUGUGUUCUUCAUGCCCGCUGACCGGCCUGACAUCCAAAUUGAAAACCAUCUCAGUCAAGAGGCGGUCCUGAUAAGACAAGUACCUGUGCACAACGCAGCAUCAAAAUACUCUCACAGCUGAAGUCUCUUUUCUCUUCUAUUGUGUUCUGGUUUGGUGCUACAGUACGGUCAGACGUUGAGUGAGGAGUAUUCGAUGCUGCCGUCGUUGGAAGCCAUGCCCUUCUGGUGGCCGCACCCCCGCACCAUCCCCACAUACGGUGAAUAUCUGGAGGUCCGCGUGCCCACGUGCGAGGACGACUGGCUCAUUCUCGACCCGAAACAGCUCCUGGCCGACACCACCGCCAACGACGACAUGACCGCCACCGAGAGCCAUCCGCAUAUGAAGACCUACGAGUGAGUCAGUGAGUGGGCUAGUGAAUGACGCCCUGCUGCUAUGUCCGUUUUUGCGUUCGUCAGUGGCCGUUCUAUCUACAUCCGAUGUCGUUCUGAGGGCUCGACGAUCGUCAUCUCGCUGACAGACUUCGACCCUCGCAAUCCAACGGGGAUGAAGGCACAUAGUGGCCACCUCAACCACGCACCGGCGACGCUGCCCACUGGCAGGCAUGACUUCAUCCCAGUGGCAGUCAAACGAUCAAGGCGGGGUAAGAAAAGAGGAAGGCCGAGUGACAGCACAUGCAUACAGCGGUCUGCUACUUGGCUUUCCAUUUUCAGUGAACGUGUUCCUUCCUUCCGUCUCAUUCUCCGCCGUUGGGCUGACGUGUGAGCUCUUCCACCUGCGCGUCAGUGGCAUUUCUCUCGCUACUUUCAUGGCCAACCACCCGCAGAAGAGCAUGGUGUUUAGGGGUACCAUCGUCCGCUGUCAGCUGGACCAUCAGUGGACGGCACCAUCCCCCGACCUGGAGCCGCUGCAGCCAGGCAGCCCUCUCGAUGACAGUGGUGCGCACGGGGCUGUGUUUCCCGUCCUGCUGGCGCCUGCACGUGCAACUGAUCCGGAUCGGCCGCUGGUGGAAUUCUCACUGGGAAAAAGCUACUGGUGAGCAGUUGCAGGAAAGAAACAUGUAUGGGUCGGCUUAUGUUGUCCUUUUAUGUUCUCCCACUUAGCACUCAUGACGAAGCUCUGGAGUUGUCUCUGGCACAGCACUUUCGCCGCAGCACUCAGGUCUUGGGAAGUGCAUUGGGUUCGUCAACCAACAUCAUGCCGUCACCCAGGCGCAAGCCAAUGGCCACGGUCGAGGGGGCUGGCGACAGCCGACAUGGCGGCGCCUUGUCGGUCACGCCAUGUGUCGAUUAUCGCAGCGAGCGGCUGUUUGAGUGGGAUAUUGUCGGGUUCGCCGACCGGGAAGUGGGUCGCGGGGGAGUGGGCGACGGAGGGGUGACUUUCUUCGGCAAUCCGGCGGUCAAUCACUUCGAUUUCAUCAAAGUGGCUGUUGGGGACCUGGCAAUCAAGGUACGCAGCGGCCAUGACGUGCGUCGUAAGCCGAUUGCCCAAUCUUACAUUGUUUUGAGUGUAGCUUCAUGGUGUUUCUCUGAUUCGCUCGGUCAAGCCCUCCUACGUGGCUCUCACAUCCAGUAAGGGUCUGCACGUGAAAGAGGCAGAGGGAGGGCAAGCAUGAAUUUGUACUGUACGUGUUACGGGUGUUUCUGCUUGGUAGUUGGAUCUCCCAAGCCUUAUGGAGGAUCCUCAUUCGACAGCAUUUCGGAGUCUUUCCCGCUUUCCCCUCCCACCUCCACACGGACUCCCCUCUACUUCCAGACGCUCCAUUUCGGCGACUCACGCAUACGGCUGACAACGUGCCUGAAAGAGGUCACUCAGGUGCUGUCGGAUGCGUCUUCCUCGUGGUGGUCUGAGGGGGUGGCAGGGCGGCUUGUGAGCUGGGCAAUGGGUCUUGCCGAUCUGUCUGAUUUCGAGCUGAGCCUCCAGGGACUGCGGCUGAGGCAUCUCUUCAUCUUGAAUCAGUCGCUGGCGUCGCGAUGCAUGGAGCAUUACGUGCAGCAGCUCAUCACCCACGCACCCAUUCACUUGGCCAAGUCAACCACGACCUUUCUGGGCGACACGGUGACAAGGGGGAGCCGAUAUUGGUCUUGACAAAGUGCUUACUUUUGUGUGUGUGUAUGUUGGACUCGGCGAUUGUGCGAGUAGGUGGGCAGGGUCUCUACCAGUAUUUCCCGGCUGUGGAACCCCAACGCAGGUGUGCAGCACCUGGAGUCGAGGAUGCGGUACCCACGAUUGGUGCUUGGUCCUGCACGAUGCGUGACGGGUCUCAAUGAUGAAGCAUCACUCAUCUGCGAGAAGCUAAGCGGAGCACGAGCAGCUGAGGCAUGCUGUCUUGCGUAUCUCGUUGCUGGACCGAAGUUGUUGAUACUUCUGACCACCGAGGUGAGCAUGAUGUGCACACACUGAACAAGCUUGCGAUACCCAUGCGUGUUACGUCAGCUUCUCGUGAUCGAUGGAUUCCGGUCAUCAACCCCAACGCUCGUGGCGCGCAUCCCAUGGUUCCCUCACCUCUAUUCACUAAGUGUGCGGCAUUUGGAGCGACAGGCGGGCCCGCAACACUCGAUUCUUUCCCUUCUGUCCAGUGAGGUUUUGUGGGACAUGGGGUGGAUCAGGAGAGCGUCCUCCAGCCAAGUGGAGGUCCUUUUGGGGCCGCCACUGCCAGUGGCCAUGGACCAAGCAGAGACUUUCAGUGCGUUGACGCAUUGUAGAGUCAGCUGGCAAUGUGCUCGUCCCUUCUGCUCUGCACUUAUAUGGUACCUGUACAGACAUAUCAAUGUAUAGCCCAUCACGCAGACUGAUCGAUUCAAUGCGAGUACGCAUCGAUUGAAUCAGUCGCAUACAAGACAGAGCGGCAUGCAGGAGCAACCACUAAGGCGGUAGUAGACGAUAGAGUAACUAGGCUUCUCCUUUGAAAAGCCCGGAAGCCGCCGAGAAAUACCCGGAAGCCGCCAAUGAAUGAAUA